CAGAAAGACAAGGGUGAUAAGCCAGCGUGCUUUAACACACCCUGAUUUAGCUCCACACACUAAAUAAGUAUCAGUGAAAGAAUGUCCUGCAUGGGUCAAGUCAGUCUCCUGAUCAGAUGCGCAUAGAGGCUAGAGCCUGGGCCAUUUCUCCGCGGUGCGUAAAGCUCUCUGGGUGUCUGCUGCGGGCUGGAUGUCCCUUCACAUGUUGGAUUUAGCUGUGCAGGAUUACUUGGUGGAUCAGCGGAUUGUCCGAAAAGCUGGUGCAGCAACUUUUCCCUGCAUAUUUCCCCCCACCAGAAUAUGUCGUUGACCAACACAAAGACGGGCUUUUCUGUAAAGGACAUUUUGGACCUUCCUGACACAAAUGACGAAGAAGGAUCUAUCACCGGAGCGGAGGAAGACACGGAGGGAUCGGAGACCACGUCCACGACAAAAAACACUGGAGUUUUGGUGCAAAGUCCUCUAGAAAACGUUCAAAAUCUGCCUUUAAAGAACCCCUUUUAUGACAGUAAUGACAAUCCUUACACACGAUGGCUUGCUACUACGGACAGUAUUCAAUAUUCAUUGUUUCUCCCGUUUCUUGCCGCAGUGCACGGUCUAUCCGCCAGCUCUCAGGACUCGGCCAAGUCCCCGGAGCCGUCCGCGGACGACGAAUCGCCGGACAACGACAAGGAAACUUCCAGCAGCGGCGGCAGCGACUCCGGAAAGAAACGGAAAAGGAGGGUGUUGUUUUCCAAGGCGCAAACCUACGAGCUGGAGCGUCGCUUCAGGCAGCAGAGGUACCUGUCCGCCCCGGAGAGGGAGCACCUGGCCAGCCUGAUUCGCCUCACCCCGACCCAAGUGAAGAUCUGGUUCCAGAACCACCGGUAUAAGAUGAAGAGAGCCCGGGCCGAGAAAGGUAUGGAAGUGACCCAUCUCCCUUCUCCCAGGCGGGUGGCCGUGCCCGUCUUAGUCAGGGAUGGAAAGCCUUGUCACACUCUUAAAGCUCAGGACUUGGCGGCCACUUUUCAGGCCGGGAUCCCCUUCUCGGCUUAUAGUGCCCAGUCACUCCAACACAUGCAGUAUAACGCGCAGUACAGCGCCGCGGCCACGCCACAGUUCCCAGCACAUCACUUGGUGCAAACGCAACAGUGGACUUGGUGAGAGAAAUUAUAGAGACUUGGCUUGGAGGCACGGUAGGGAGUUUCACCACAAAGCAAAGAAAAAAAAAAUAAAACGCAAAAAACAAAAGACUUUUCAUUUUUGCAGCUUGACUCAUAUAUAUAUACUACCAUUUUUAUUCGGGGCUCAUGUGUGCGCCGUGUUUACAUGUUUUCGUUAAGAGAACUGGGUCCGAACCUCUCCCUUAUAGAUUUUAUUGAGAAUGUCAAUGCUCUUCUUGUGAAUUCUUUUGUAAAAUAUGUUGUGUGUUGGUUGUAGAGAUGUUUUUCUCUUCUUUUUUUUUUUCUUUUGUCCCUCCGUGUUAUUAUCAGCACGUACGAACCACUUUAUAAUUAUAGAAAUUUUAAUUUCUUGCUUCUUUUAUGGACCUAAAAAAAUAUUUAUGGCCAUGAAUAAACACUGGCAACUUUGCAGCUAUUUUCCUUUUGUUUUUAUUUCCUGUAAAUAUUUUGUGGCAAAUGUUUGCAACCUAGAGAGCUUUAGGGAGCUUACAUCUGAAGAUUGGCCUCUAUAUAUUUACACAUUUUAAAAACAACGGGGGAGUGAUUUUUGGCAAAACGUUGUGACACAUUAUGUAAAUAACAGUGUAGCCGCGCGGUGUUGGCUAAAUAUCCCACAUUUUUUAUAAGGAUUUUAAAAUAAAAUGCUGUGUUUUUGAAAAGAGGGUUUGGUUUAUAUAAGUGUCCAUAUUCGAUUUGAUCAUCUCUGAAAAGACAUCUAAACAUCACCAUAAAAGGCGAGGAGCUAAACAAUAUAUUGUGGGACAGAAUGGAGCUUGACUCUGAGAAUAAAUCUCUAGCGCACUUCAGUUCUUUAUUUCAAGGCAAAUUUAAUCCGGAGAAUAUUUUUUCCCAAUCCGAACACCUAACUAAUAAAGAGCCUAAAGUCACUUGUGAAAUGGGACCAAAAUCCACUCACUUAAUAUAAGAGGGCUUCUUCACAUGAGAACCUUUUGAGUCAAAAGCUCUCCUUUUUGUCAGCAUUCCCACUCCCGGCCUUGGGCGUAAAGUGGCAGACUCUGGGGGAGGGAAAUCGUUUUAAUGCAAUAAAUGUUUUGUUAUCUUGUUAAGCGCUAAACUGCAAAUAGAGCAGGAAUAAUCAAUGAGUCACCAGUCUUCUUUGUUUAACCACGGCCAACGGUCAGCUGAAAUACGCACGACUUUGAGGGGCUUUAACCGCCUAAUAAAGUUACUUUUCAUAUGAUCAUAUAACGUGUAUACAAUGGCAUUCCACAUUAAGCUAUACUUUACUCUAAUAGUCACCAUCUUCUUUAAGGGGAAACCAAAACAAGCGCAAAUGGCUCCCUAGUGAUCCGUAGCGCACUGCGGAUUAUCAGAUCCGGUCAAUAUCUUGGGUAAAUAUGAUAACCUAGUAGAAAAAUCUAUGCAUCAUGUUUGUCCCGGGACAAAAAUCCCACAACAGAUGUUAGAGUCGCCCCUAUCAUCACUGAACAAACAGCCAAAUUGGACAGAUUUGCUAAUUAUUUACAGAGUUAAGUCUCAAGGGGCUACUGCUUUUGUGGGCGACGCAGACUCAAUUUGUCCCGGACAGAAAGGUUUUGUGUUUCAACACUGGUUGAGCGUGUAGGUCAAAUAAAUCAGUAGUUUGCUUGGAUUUUUUCGUUUAAUUUAUGUGUGGAUAAAAAAGAAAUUACGCGUUGUUUAUAUCGCGCCAAUCAUCGCCCAAAGGACAUGAAGUGUGAGAAGAAAUACGAUAUGAGACGGGAAUUAUGAAGUAUAUUGCCAGGGUCGGAGAUGAAGGACUGGCUGUGAUUGGAUUGUUGUGGGUGAUAUUCUGGCUUCUUAAAAAAAAAAAACGGAACAAUUGGGAUUUAAGACUAAAAUGUAAAACCUCAUAGAGAAAUGUAGACCUUCGUGGGGCUCUUUGCCUCCAGAUUUGGCCGCUGUGAUGAGACAGUUUUUUGACUCUAUCAUUGCAUAAUACAGUACACGACAGAACAGUAUGGACACAAAAGCCCAGGCCUGGUUUUGCUGAAUGUUAGAGGCGUGCAUAACGAGCAGCAGCAGCAGGAAAGGGACUGCAGACAGUGUAGAUAGAGAGACUGACAGAUUUUCUUGGUGCUGUUCAGAGUCAGGGAGAUGUAUCCUUGGGCUUUUUGUCCUGCCUGUCACUUGGUGCCAUUGUGAUCUUUGCUGCACACGUUGUAUCCCAUAUGGGCAGCUGGGCUCGGACAAGGAGAAAAGGAGCUCUCACAAACCCCAAAUUGUAUCAAGCUUUCAAAUAAAGCAUUGUUGUCUCUCAAAGAAAAACGAAUUAAAAAUUCGUGCUAUAUCUAUUCUGCUAAAAAAAAAAGAAGAAGCCCCAUUCACAGAUAACAGGGAGUCCUUCUUCCUUGAUAGAGCUAUGCCAACAACAGCCUUCUCAUUUCUCUUUCCCCUCUCUCCCCCGUUCUCCAGAGUGAAAGGCGGAUUAUUGUCUGUCCAAAAAAAAGUCGCUCGUCACAGCGCAAAAAAACUAUUUUUAAUACCAGACAGUGUUCUUCCUUAUUUGCUUUGAGUUCCGCUGGUAUACGUAGGCGUGUUUCUAAAAUAGAAUUUGUCCCCUUUAGAGUCUGUUUUAUGGAUUUCCGCAUGUGGUGUAAAUCCGAGCUGCUGCAAGCAUUCUAAAGAUUUGAUUUCACAAAACCUUUCCUGUACUUUGCUGUAAAUUAGCCCAUACCAAGGCGCUUUGCGUGCUGGUAGCAAUUACAGAAUAUGCCAAUAGUGAGGUUAAUUCAUCUAUGAGGUAAAUGUUGAAGCUUCCAUUCGCAGUCUAAUUGCAUUGUGUGUCCGAUGAUCUGAAAGUGAUGCUGUAGGAUGCAGAUGUUUUUUUCCAUGGGAACCAAGACUGGUGAUACUGGCAGGUGUUUAGUGGACUAAUGCGCCAAGAUUGACUGGCGUUGGAAAAAUUGAACUUAAGUCAUGAAAAUUGCUCUUUUAUUUCUAAAUGUCAUACUUUAUUAUGCAUUUAUAUUUAGAGAUCUUUUGUAUUUUAUCAUGCCGUUCACAAAGCAACCCCCUUAAAAUUUAAAGCAUACUGAGCCUGUGAGUCCACACAUUUAUUUUACUUUUAAACACAUUUUCAGGUCAACCCAAAAAAGAUGGAUUUUUUUGCACUCAGUCAAGCUUUGGAGCUAAACCGCGGCAAAAUAAAAACCAAUAUCACCGAGCGUAGGAACCUUUUAUGGUAAACUUUUACGGUGAACAAGUUUCGCUUUGCAACCGUAUUUUGUCAUUAACGCACCAGAAAAUUAUACCACCCCUCUACCAGCUCAGCAACAGGGUCAGAUUUAUGGGAAAUUGCUUUUGGCUGCUUGAAGGGAUAAAACAGGCCACAUUAAAACAAGCAUCUUGGCGUGCAGCGUAGUUCAACCUGCGUGGAUAACACUAUUAUAUACCUUGGAAUACAAUACUUGAGGAAAUAUGCACUUGGGACACCAUGGAUCUUCGUCAUCCUGCCCAUUUGAACCUCGACAUGAAUCGUUUUCUAUCGUGCACAUCGCCAAAUAAACGAGGAUUUCAAAGCUGUAAUAAGCGGUGCUUUUCAUUUAAAGGAAGCUAUCUGGGUUUUAUUGCCUUAAAGGAGAUCCAGAUUAGAUUCGCCACAGUGCCGAUAUUAAAGAAAGAGGGAGUGAUGGUUGGGGGGGAGGGAGGUGGAGGCAGAGGAGGAAGUGUUGCGCCAAGCUGCCACAAGAUGGAAGCAGAGGUCUUUAGUUGGCGUCAUGCAGCGUUCACCUGCACGUGUCCUACAGCCCAACUUCAUCUAACUCCAGCUCUGCAAGUGUCUGCCACUCAAUGACACUGCAACUGCUGAACUGAAAGUGUUUAUUUAUUUGUAUUAUUAUUAUUAUUAUUUUUGAACAGACAUCCACACUAACUUACUUGACCGUCUUUUUAAUUGCAUGAUCGAGGUUCAUGACAUUGUCAUAUAUCUUAAGAGCAUAAUCAUAUCGCUCCUGAUAAUGAAGUAGACUCAACGUAAAAAAGUUUGCAGGCAUUUAACAUUGUUUCCAUUUCAGAGAGAGAGAGAGAGAGAGAGAGAGAGGGAGAGAGAGAGAGAGAGAGAGAGAGAGAGAGACUGGGUAUUUCCACGGUGUGGCGCAAUAGGAUAGGGGGACAAAUGGGGUGCAGAUUAAUUCACAUCAGUGAAAGGGAACAAUGAAGCUGAAGUGAGGUUUUCCAAAGUCCCAGCUCAAUAGUGUCCUCCACAACAAAGAAGACUUUGAGUCCCCAGCAAUAUAAAAAAAAAAAAAUUGCAUCCCUAUCACUGUUAUUUCUUUUCUUUUGUGAAAGGCAUCAUCUCUAACUAAACAUGACAACAAAUAUCCUCUUGAAGCACUUAAGUGAAACAGAGGAUCAGUGGAGUCCGAUUGCUUCAUUUAUAAACAAAAACAAAAUGCUUCUAAUCUUAUACUUGGUACCUAGAAUCUACUCACUUGUAUUAUUUACAUGUCUAUCACGUCCUGCACUGUCCUACUAGGCUCAAAAGUGCCUGAGCAACAUCAUCUCCUCAUGCGGAGAGGAAGUAUGCAAAGCACUGCAAAAUGGGUCAAAUGACAAAAUAAAAGGCCACCAUCUUUAUGCACCUGCUCAGUUCAGCAUCAGUGAGCUUGCACCUGUAGGGGGCCUCAUUGGGUUAGAAAGAGGCAGCAGCAGGGGGUGGAGGGAUGCUGAGCACGAAAGGAGUGAAAAAAGAAGGAAAGACAUCUUUAAUCUGCAAGAGUUUUUGAUCACUUUAAUAAGGCUGGUGUGGAGAAACAAAUACACAGAGAGAACAAAGCUUCUUCACAGGACAGCACAAUCACAUCAAGAUACUAAUAUUUCAAAAUCUGGUUUAGGAUUUCUUCUCUUUAAGUAUUUUUGAUUUGGGAAUACAGAGAUGGACAUCUCAAAAUUUCAUGAAAUAUCUCCAAGAGAUAAGGCACUUUGCUGCGUGUGUGAACCAGAGCGAAGCCACACUGCCAAUCCACAAGUUUACUCAGUGGGACAGAGCCUCUGCAGAGCAUUGUUCAGAUCAGCCUCCCGUCUGCAUGAGAAGAAGCCGGUGAACACACACCAUGUAUCUGUGGUUUAAUCAAGGAAAAAACAGAAGAGUUGCAGCUUGAUGGCAGUUUUUCUGUGGAGCUUAAGGAAAGAGAGAAAGAUACCCACAUCAUCUUUGAACAUCUACGGCUUUUGUCCUGUUGUGUUCAUAACGUGAAUUAGAAUAGGAUUCUUUAUGUUACUGCAUCCAAUUUGAAAGCAGACAAUAGUCAUUGAUAUUACGCCUACAACAGUCUGCAACCAGUCUGUUUAUCUUAUGACAAAUAAGGAGUUAAAUAAUCAUUGUUGUAUUGUGUUUUUUUCAAAUGCAUUAACAAUUCUUAGAUGACUUUUAAUUAUAUUUAAUUGAUUGAAUUAUUACCCCUCCAUCUGCUUACAAUUCAUAUCCUUGUCUCUCGGGAUCCUAUACAAAAAUCUGUGAUCCUCAUUUGGCAUUUUAGUUGGAAUUGAGUGGGAGAAUAUACAGGGGAAUAAAAAAAGACCAAAUUUAGUUUGUGGAAUUGAAAGUAGAAAAUCUUCUAGUGAAACUAUGAUCAUACAAAUAUUUUGUCAUGCAGUAUUCUUUACCUCAUAUACUACAUCUGUAUGACAUGUAUCAUCCAAUUCAUUUGCAUGCAUCCAACAAAUAAACAUCCUGAUAACAUUGUUUAAUUGCUUUUACAAUUUACUCUCCUGCUUCUUACUCUGACGUGUCAUACUAUUUGCUUUUAGCUCCUUUUUCUCAUCAGCUGUGUACAAUGUUGCUGUUUCACAUACAGUUAGAACAUGACUGAGAGAAAAUGUAGAACGCACUUUAUAAAGUGUCCUUGUCUCCAUGUAAGGGCAUUUUCACAGACUUUAAGUGUAAGUAAAUCUAGAAGACGUUUCUUUCAGCGCUUCUCAUGUCCCUAGAUUGAAACCGAGGUAAAGCUGUGUGGCAGGACAGACUAACGUGCUCCAGUUGGUGUGACAUUUUUCUGAUUGCUAGAAUGCUAAUAUUUAACAGAGUCAGUGAUCUUAUAAGGGCCUUACAUGGAAAUAACCUUCCAUUCUCGCUUAUUUGGACAGGACAAAACAUGCAACAGUGUUUUGUUUUGUGGAGACGCUGAUAGUGCAGUUCUUAAAUUGUGCUAGUAAUAGGUCUGAGUUUAAAGCACUGCAGAUGAGCAGCAGCCAGUUUAGAGUCAUCUCUGUGAGAAAGCUGUGAGUGUCAAGGUUCUUGACUUUGCUGAAUGUUGAGAUUAGGAGAACAACAGAGUCUGCAGAGUAUCAUGAUCUGAUCUGGUAGCCUGCUCAGACAGAGCAGCUUUUUUGUCUUCUUUCUUCCCAGGUACUUUUCUCCACCUGUCUACUAGUAAUCCACGACUGCAGCCAUGUAAAUAAACAUCAUGGUGAAUGAAAUAAAGGACUACAGAAAAUCACAUUGGCUUUUUGUUGUGGUCACUUUUGUCUACAGACCGGGUUUCCAAUGUAUUGGAAGGCCAUUUUAAAGUUAUUUAUAUGAUGUAUGUAUCAACAGGAACAUGGUUUCAUAGCUUCAUUAUUCAUUUAAAAACUUAAGAUCUCACCAGGUGUAUUCAGUAUUAUUUAUAUAUUAUCAUCAUUCAUCUUCUGUACCCUAUGUAUUUCUCUGAGAGUCAAUGACAAAGCAAUGUGACAGUCAGUGUAAAAAA